AUGUUGAAACCUAUGCUUGGCCUGUACGGGCUGCUCAGUAUGGCAGCUGCCCUCUCAGAUUCAGUCAAGGUCAGGUGGCUUGAGGAAACUCCAAACUACCUUGGAGGAGUGACCUUUGGUUUGCCAUGGCCUCGUGGGCAGCACUUGGCGGAUGCCACGACCUUCAGCGCUUCAGGCGAUGCUCAACUGCAAUCGUGGGUCACAGCCGUUUGGCCAGAUGGCUCACUCAAGUGGACUGGACACGCACUCGGUGCGACCGACUCACCCGCCGACGAGUACACUAUCACUGCUUCUGGCCCAGGAAACACAACUUCCUCUCCCGUAAGACGACAGAGCAGCAACAGCACCUCCGGCGUGCAAGUCACCGACGCUGAAGGCGAGAUUAUUGUGAACACCGGCAAGGUCACUGCAACGUUUCCCAAGUCGGGCGAUGUUUUGGUAUCAUCCAUCGAGGCAGGCGGGAAAGUUGUCGGAAACAACGGUCGUCUUGUCUUGAGGUCUCAGACUGGAACUCCUGACGAUGACGAGAACGGCAAACCAGCUGGUAUCGAGUAUUUCAGCUUUGCUAGCAAGAUCUACAACGCGACUGUCUCGGAGGACAAUACUGCGCGUGCACUCGUGACUGUGCAAGGCAUCCAUGCAACUGAUGGGGACGGCGCACAUGAUGACUGGCUUCCUUUCACUGUGCGGUUCUACCUUUACGCCAACUCUGAAGCCAUUCGCAUCAUUCACACCAUCGUCUAUGACGGCGAAGCCAGCACAGACUUUAUAUCAGGACUUGGUGUUCGAUUCGACGUGCCUCUUGCCGAAGAGGAGCAGUACAACCGUCAUGUCCGCAUUGCAGGUAUCGACGGUGGACUGUUGCACGAGGCGGUUCAGGGAAUCACUGGUCUCCGCCGUGACCCGGGUGCCGAGGCAAGGUCUGCUCAAUUCAAUGGUACUGAGACGCCUGACAAAACGACUUGGGACCAGAGAGUUACCACUCGCCUGCAAUGGAUUCCCACCUGGAGCGACUACAGACUUACCCAGCUUUCACCGGAUGGCUUUAACCUAAAGAAGCGCACCAAGGCUGGGCAGAGUUGGGUGAAAAUCCCUGGAGGGACCCGCUCUGGAGGUCUUGCUUAUCUGGGUGGCUCAUCUGUCGGAGGUCUGGCUCUUGGGCUGCGUGACUUCUGGAAGAAGUACCCUACCAGCUUGGAUAUCUCCAACGCUGCUACAGAUACUGGUUCUAUAACAAUAUGGCUUUACAGCCCUCAAGCUGGGCCCCUCGACCUGAGACCGUACCAUGACGGGCUGGGCGAGGACACAUAUGCGAAACAGCUGGAUGCCCUUGAGAUUACGUACGAAGACUAUGAGGGCGGGUAUAAUACGCCGUACGGCGUGGGUCGUACCAACGAGUUGUUCCUGUAUGCCUUUGCCAGCACUCCAUCAGCUGAUACCCUUUCGGCUCUCACCAACCACACAAAUAACCCUCCUGUCUUAAUUCCCGAGCCGGAGUAUAUCCGCGACACCAAAGCCAUCGGGAGCUACUGGGAUGUACCAGGCGCACCGGUUGACUCUGCAGAAGCGCAGACGAUUGAAAAGAAUAUGGACUUCCUCAUCAAAUUCUACGAAGGUCAAGUGGAGCAGCGCCGGUGGUACGGGUUCUGGGACCACGGCGACAUUAUCCACACCUACGAUGAUGACCGUCACCAGUGGCGGUACGAUGUUGGUGGCUACGGCUGGGAUAAUUCGGAGCUUUCACCUGAUUUGUUCUUCUGGGGCCACUUCCUCCGCACUGGCCGCGCAGACGCAUACCGGCUGGCCCAUGACCAAGCACGCCACGGCGGAGAGGUCGAUUCCUACCAUCUCGGCAACUUCACCGGCCUUGGAACGAGGCACGGCGUCCAGCACUGGGGUGAUAGCGCAAAGCAAGCCCGCAUAUCUACGCCAGUUUACAGAAAGACCUUCUUCUACAUCUCUGGCGGUGACGAGCGCACUGGCGAUCUUGUGCGCGAGGUUCAAGAGGCUGCCAAGGCCUUUGUCCUGGUCGACGCUCGUCGCAAGGUUCGGGAUCCUGAUGUCGUCUACAAACCUGACCCAGAAGCGCUAUAUCUCAACUUCGGUACCGACUGGGCCGGCCUCGCGCAGGCUUACCUCAUUGAGUGGGAACGGCGCGGGCCGGGCUGGGAGGAGGCUCGAGACAAGAUCAUCGAGUCGCUGAAGACGUACCCGAAGCUGAAGAACGGAUUCGUCACUGGUGAGGCUUUGUAUAACUCGUAUACCGGCUCUUGGGCACCACCGCCUACCGACCCCUCCAACACCGGCAACAUCACGGUUUCCCAUCUUUCCGGUGUGUUCGGUGUCCUCGAGACGAUUGACCAAAUCAUUGAGCACUUCGGCCCCGAGGCACGCAAUAUCACGCAGCCAUUCUACGAUGCUUUCCUUGACUACUGCUACUACUACGGUGCUCCCAAGGCCGAGCAGGCAGCCAGAUACGGCAAGGACUUUGGCAAUCUCAACCUCAAGCAAGGCCACUCCCGUUUCACCGCCUACGUCGCCAACAAGCGCCAGAACGCAACUUUGGUCCCACGAGUCUGGUCUGAAUACCUGGGUGACGGCAGCAAAGACGGCCUCGCGCCCACUGCACCAUGGAAGACGGAACGUUUUGACGGGAGCGAUGUCCUUGUGCCCAUCGACGAGGCCAAGUGGGUGAGCACAAAUGCCGCUGCCCUCUACGGUGUGGCCGGGAUUGAGAACCUGGCUUUGGUGGGUGCGCCGGAUGUGUCGGCCAUUGGGAACUCCACUGCUAAAUUGAGGGUUUGA